UGCGUUAUUGGCAGUGGCUGUGGGGGGAGAAAUUAGAUCUAGAUCUGUAUGAUUUAAGAAUGCAUCAGUCCCAACUAGAUUUAAUAUUUAAUAAAUAAUACGCUAAUCGUAAUCAAUGAUUAAGCCUCCUUUAACAAGAUCUAGAAUUAACUUUAUAUUAAACAUUUUACCGUGGUUUUUUGAUCGAUUACCAGGUGUGUAUGAAGUUAACAAAGUGAGUACCAUCUACUCUGCUGACUCAGCACAAAAAAUCUUUAGCCUUAAGAGGCUUUAAACAAAGAAACAACAGAGCAGGAUAAUGGCUUUGUAGCAGCCUAAGUGGAAUAUAAAAUUGUGUACAAACUAUAGGAUAUCCACAAAGCAAACAUCAUGACAAGAAAAGAAAACUGUUUUAUUUUUCUGCUGGCUGUGUGUUGGGGAACAGCACUGUGUUUUGAAAGUUCAUUAACAGACACACUAGCACAACAAUACAAUAACUAUGGCCCUAGUAGAGAACUUUUACACGUCGAGGAUGACUCCAACAGUAAAGAAGAAAAGGGAAAAGAUUCAUCUCACAUGGAAAAGACAGAAGAAUCUUUGCCAUCUAUAAAGAAGAUGAGUAAAGAGAAGCAAGGCUUCACUCAUGGUUUUAUAGCAUCUCUCUCUGUCAUUGUGGUAUCUGAACUGGGGGACAAAACAUUUUUCAUCGCAGCCAUCAUGGCCAUGACACAUUCCAGAGUGACUGUCCUAAUGGGGGCCCUUGGCGCUCUGUUUUUUAUGACUUUUUUGUCAGCAAUGGUCGGAUAUGCUACUACUGUGAUCCCAAGGGCUUUAACUUACUAUGUAUCAUCUGCUCUUUUUGCUGUAUUUGGCCUGAAAAUGUUAAGAGAAGGUUGGUACAUGUCUGAAGACGAGGGUAAAGAGGAAUAUGAGGAGGUGCAGGCUGAUCUCAAGAGGAGAGAAGAUGAGUUACUUGCACAAAUGGUUGAAGAAGAGGAAAAAAAAAUAGAGAAACAAAAUCUACCAACUCAGGACAUUGAAACAGGAAUCAUUCGAAGUCCAGGAAGGAGAUUUUUUUCUGGCCUCCUGUCCACAGUGUUUCUCCAGUCUCUGACGCUAACAUUUCUUGCUGAGUGGGGAGACAGAUCACAAAUUGCCACCAUCAUUCUAGGGGCUAGGGAGGAUGUAUUUGGAGUUAUGCUAGGGGGUUGUCUUGGUCAUUUUCUGUGUACAGGUCUAGCUGUUAUGGGUGGGAGGUUCAUCGCUCAAAGGAUAUCUGUUCGAACAGUGACUCUUAUAGGUGGGGUGGUUUUCUUGUUAUUUGCCUUGUCUGCUUUUUGGAUUGGUCCUGGUACGUAGAAGAAUCUGUUGCGCUUUAAUCAAAGCCUUGUUGACGUCAUCAUCUGCAUAUAAGCUCACCUUGUAUCUCUACUGGUGGCACUAGUGUUGAACAAACCAUAGAUAGGCUACACGUCUCUCAUAUUGAGGUAUUGGUUGUUACUUAGCUUGGCAUGUGGCUGUUUCAAUGUCUUAUGUAGCCUGUAGAUAUAUGAGUCUGGUUAAUAAAUCUGAAGGCUUUUUUGUUCAUUAUAAGAUUUUGUUUAAGACAAAAUGAAACUGUUUGUGUGCAUACAUAUUUCCAAAAUAAUUUAUUUGUAAAAAAAAUUAGCCUUUGGAUGUGUUCUGUGAAUUAAUUUUGAGAAUUGUCCUUAGAACAUUGUUAAUUUCAAGAUAUUUAUACUUUAUGAGGUUUAGUCAAAGAAAAAAAAUUACUGAAUGUUCAUCAAUGGAAUUAGGUGUAUCAAUUCAUUAUAAGACACCUUAGCCAGUGCAUGGUGUCAUUGUAUGCAUACACAUAUACAUUUUUACUGACAGCUGUGUGUAUAUUAUGUUUUGUCAUUUCUAACUCUGAGCUUAAGCAUAUAUUUUAUCUACUUAGCUGUUCUUACAUUAUAGUGACUAAGCUCUCUAUGUACAUUUUAUAGAAACAUCAUUUUAUUUACAUCAUGGUAAAGAUAAAGCUGUUUGGAAAUUUUACAAACUUUCUACCACUUAAAAACUUGACCCCACAGAAUUUUUUGAUAAACAUGUCAGCAUUGAGUUCUCUGUCAUGUAUGUAAGCUGCUUGUGUUGUCAAAUUUGAAUGUUUGGGAUCAUUUGUGUGGCUUAAAAGUUUGUCAUGUUUAUAAGCUGCUUGUCUUGAAAAAUUGAAUGUUUGGGAUCAUAUGUGACUAAAUAAUUUGUUCUCUAUCAUGUUUAUAAGCUGAUUGUCUUGUCUUAAAAAAUUGAAUGUUUGGGAUCAUGUGUCACUAAAUAGUUUGUUUUCUGUCUAUUUGUAAUCUGCUUGUCUUGUCGAAAAAUUGAUUGUUUGUAUAUAACUUGUCUUAUUCACAAUAGGUGCUUGAGAUGGUGGUGUAAAGUUGUGUGAUUCUGUAAUUUGAAAUAAUUUGAAAAUAUAUAUGAACACUGUCUUGUCAUUAAAUUUUCCUAAUGGCAUGGUAAACUACAGUGUCAAGUUGGGAUUUAUCAAGGUCUUUUGUUGUAACAUAUCAGCUGAUUUUUUUUUGGUUUGACUACGUUAAUGAAAAAAUCUGGGAAUAAGCAAUUUAAUUUAUAUAAAAAUACCAACCAAAAAUUGAGAUAAUAAAAUUACUGAAAUUGAACACAUUUUCUGGAAUUCCUUAUUUGUAAUUAAAGAGAUGAUAAUGUGUGAUAUGUG